AUGUCAGGGGAUGAGUCAGAACCGAUUCAAAGCAGUGUGGAGCAAUCCACUGUUGAUGAGGGUAUGAAAAGCCUUCAUAUUUCCCUGGAAUUAGGUCGUCGCAAACGUGCAAGUAAACGGGAUACAACAAAAGUAAGACAUCAACUUGAAAAAUCAUUUAGUGUGUCAAAAGCAACGUUAAACAAAGAAGAGAUUGAGCAUAGGGUAGAGGAUUUGUGGUCGUCACUAGAAGAGACACAGAAUAUUAUGGAUGAAUUGUCUGUUUAUUACUUGGGGGAAAAGGACGGUGAAAAUCAAAAGGCAUUAAUGAAGGAAUCAAACAAACUAGAACUGGAAUGUCAACAAGCGAUCGAAAAGGUACAGGCUGUUCUGAUCUCAGGAUGUUUUGAAAGCAACGCUACAGUCAGUCAAGACAAUGAUAAUGACGAGGUAACUAAUGGUACCAGUUCUACUGCGAGUAAUUUGAUGAACGAAGGACAGACACAACCCACUGUGACCAGUAACACUGAGCAACAAGCAGUGCAAGGCGCAAUCGAUCAAGGCGCAAUAGGAACUAGUAUGAUACAGCAAACAGUGGAGCAGAAUCAAUCGAGUUCAUCAAGUCCAACACAUACACCAUCGUACACGGGAGGUUCAGUUCUAAACCGCCAUUUAAAACCACUAAGAGUACCUGAUUACAAUGGAAAUAAAGCAAAGUUUGAAGAAUUUUGGAGCCUAUUUGAAAGUUUAGUUGACAAAUCGAACGAGCCGGUGCAUCUAAAGAUGGCAAGAUUGCGACAGAGUUUGUCUGGUCGAACUUUGGAAGCGAUUCGUGGUUUAGGAGUAUCAGCACCCGAGUAUGAUGAAGCGAAAGAAAUAAUUCAGUCGAAAUUUGGUGGGCAGCGACGUAAAUUGAGAGGUUACAUGGAUGAAUUGGAGAAUAUGCCGACUAUGCGUAACAAUGAUGUUAAUGCCUUUGAAAAGUUCGCUGACCUAGUUAGGGUAACAGUUGCGAAAUUGAGAGCUGAUAAUCAGAAUUAG